AUGGAGAAACUCAAGCUACUACUACUCUUUGCGAUUUUGCAAACUGUUUGCGCAGCAUCGCGUCGACCACAAGCAUUGGAACUGAAACAGGCGGAAAUGUGCAGUCGGGAUAAAUGUCAGGCACCCAAUUGUCGUUGUUCGGCAAUGUCCCUGCCGAAACCGGAAUUUAAGGGUCAUGAAAAGGAAAUACCACAGUUCAUUACAGUUACCUUUGAUGAUGCUGUGACCGUGCUGAAUUAUGAACAAUAUCAGGAGUUAUUUGCAAAUCUCAGAAACCCAGAUCACUGUGAGGCCCGUGGUUGUUUUUAUGUCUCUCACGAAUAUACAGACUACAGUAAAGUCAAUGCCCUCUAUAAUGAGGGCCAUGAAAUAGCCCUACACUCAAUAACCCAUGGUGCGGGAACAGAUUACUGGCGUAAUGCCGAUGUGGAACUGUUAAUGCAAGAAUUUGGUCAACAAAUUGAUAUUCUGGAGACAUUUGCAAAAAUCGAUCGGCGUCAUAUUCGUGGAAUGCGUUUACCUUUCUUACAAAUUUCAGGAAAUAAUUCCUUCAUUGCUGCGAAGAGAUUGGGCUUACUCUACGAUAGUUCAUGGCCGACGCAACAAUAUCGCAACCCCGCCAUGUGGCCUUACACUUUGGAUUAUUUAUCCUUGCAAGAUUGUCAAAUAACUCCCUGUCCCACGGUCUCACUACCAGGCCUAUGGAUAAAUCCCAUGGUCACAUGGGUAGAUAAUGAAGGCUAUAGUUGUUCAAUGUUAGAUGGUUGUAUAUUCUUGCCACCCGAUAAUGUUGACAGCCUCUUUGAAUGGAUGAAAAGUAAUUUUCAACGGCAUUAUGAAGGCAAUCGGGCGCCAUUUGGUAUGUAUUUGCAUGCAGCAUGGUUUGGACGUAGCCCGAAUUAUUUUAAGGCUUUUAGGAAAUUUUUGGAAUAUGCCAACUCAUUGCCGGAUGUCUACAUCACAACUCCCUCUGCCGUCAUCCAAUACAUGAAACAUCCCAGUUUGGGUAAACCCUUUAGGGGUUGCUUUAAAAAACCUCAAAGCUCCUGCAAACCAGUAACAUGUGGCCUAGCCAAACAAUCUACGGGUGAAAUGCGUUACAUGACCGUAUGUGAUAAAUGCCCUGAAGUCUAUCCCUGGUUGGGUAAUCCGCUUGGUGAAAUUUAAGUUA